AAUACACGUACACCCUGAACAGCAAUAGUCUGUUGUUGCAGUUGGUGUUUAGCAGACACAUGACAAUUGGUCUGGAAUCAACAUAAUGAUGGCACUGACUAUAACCAGAAACCUUUUUUCGUCGUUCUUCAAGUCCAACUUCCACAAGACCAGUUUUAAGUGUAUAAGCAAUGAUAUACGGACCUUUACGGACACAGAGACACUGAGGAUGGCUAAUGGCGACAAGUUUCCUUGUGGACUCUUCAGUAAGGGCGAGAUUGACACCCGUAUCACCAAGCUUCGCAGUCUUAUGGAAGAGAAAGGCAUCGCUGCGUGUCUCUUCACAUCGAUACACAACGUUAACUACUUCUCAGGAUUCGUCUACUGUGGUUUCGGAAGGCCUUAUGGGCUUCUAAUAACACCUGAUAAGCACGUGACGAUUUCAGCGCUUAUCGACGCGGGUCAGCCGUGGCGACGGUCACCUUAUGACAACAUUAUCUACACCGACUGGAAGAGAGACAACUUCUACCGGGCGAUCGCGAAGGAACUCGGGGACGCGAGAGGACCGCUGGGCAUCGAGCGCGACCACGUGACCUUGGAAGUCGCUCAUAAACUCAGGAACGACCUACCUCAUGGCAAUGCGCUGGUGGACGUGGGUGCGCAUGCUAUGAGGAUGCGCAUGAAGAAGAGCGAGGAGGAGAUUGCGGUCACAAAGAAUUGUUGUGCGACAGCAGACGUGGGCGCGUGGGCGUGUAAGGAGGCUCUUCAUGAAGGAGUGCCAGAGUACGAGGUGUCACUGGCGGGUCUUAGUGCCAUGACGAGGAACAUCGCCAAGGUCUACCCCGAUAGUGACAUCAUGGACAGUUUAGUCUGGUUUCAGUCUGGUAUCAACACAGACGGUGCCCACAAUCCACUUACCACAAGGAGGGUGAAUAAGGGUGAUAUUCUGUCCAUGAGCUGCAUCCCUCUACAUCAAGGAUACUACGCCUCCGUGGAAAGGACGAUGUUCCUCGCCCACUGCUCCGACGCCCACCUCAAGGUCUGGGAGGCUAACGUCGCCGUCCACAGGAGAGGGAUCGACCUCAUCCGACCUGGGGUGACCUGCGCCGAGGUGGCCCUGGAACUCAAUCACUUGUACGCGGAAUUCGGGUUGCUGAAGUACCGGAUGUUCGGUUAUGGGCAUUCCUUCGGGAUCAUGAGUCAUUAUUAUGGAAGGGAGGCUGAACUGGAGCUUCGGGAGCACAUCCACACCGUCCUGGAACCCGGUAUGGUGGUGUCCAUGGAACCCAUGAUCACCAUACCCGAAGGCCAGCCGGGUGCGGGCGGGUACAGAGAACACGAUGUUCUCGUCAUCAACCAGGACGGCUCAGUCGAUGACAUUACAGGCUUUCCAUUCGGCCCUGAACAUAAUAUCGUUCAGAAGUAAGAUGGGUUUAGAUGUUGGGAGCGCAUCCCGCUGUGGGCUGCUCGUUGCUCUAAAAUGAAAAUAUGAGUCAGAGGUUUUGAGAUUCUGUGUCCAUCUCUUUUAUUAGUAUUACGACAGAAGAUGUUCGCUGCUAUGAACUCAGUUGAUAUUACACACACACACGCACCCGCGCG